CCAAGUUUGAGGCAGGCAGGGUAGAAGAGCAUGUAGGGAAAGGCUAUUCCAGAGGGCAGGGCCCCCGCAUCUCUGGAACCGAAGCAAGCAGACUGCUAGCACAGGUUCGGGGGUAAACCGAAGGCGACGAAAUGCUACGUAUUAAGCCGGGCUGCGCCUCGUCGUGCUGAAUGCCAGCAAAUAAAUUCGGCCCUUCCCGAAAGGGUCCGCCCUAACUGAGCAAACUUUGCUCCGCGCUCUCCGCCCCCUGCGGCCGUUGUCCGGCUCUUUGCCUUGGCUCUGCGGCGGACGAGGGGAUGGCCGGCGGUGAGUACAAACUGCUGCUCGAAGGAGCCCAGCAACUGGUGCUUGUUUGCACCCAAGGCGAGCAGUAUCUCUUGGAGGCCGGCAUGCAGCAGUUGGCCCUGCGGGAAAACGCCAGCGUAGUCAUUGGCAAAAAUGGGUAUAUAAAAGCAGUUGGUGAUGCAAGGGCCAUUCGUGAGCAAUUCUCUGGAGCAACUUUUGACAAGAUAAUUGAUUGUUCUGGAAAGUGCAUUUUACCAGGUCUAGUAGAUGCACACACACAUCCUGUAUGGGCUGGUGACAGGGUGCAUGAAUUUGCAAUGAAGUUGGCAGGUGCUUCCUAUAUGGACAUUCAUCAAGCUGGAGGAGGAAUACAUUUCACUGUGGAGCAGACGCAGAAAGCCCAAGAAGAUGAACUCCUUAAAAGUUUUAAAAUCCGCCUGUUACGGAUGCUCCGAGCAGGCACCACUUUGGUUGAAUGCAAAAGUGGAUAUGGUUUAAAUCUGGAAACAGAAAUUAAGAUGCUCAGGGUCAUUGAACAGGCUAAAAAGGAAUUGGACAUUGGUAUUUCUUCCACCUACUGUGGAGCCCAUGCAGUUCCUAAAGGGAAAAAUGCUACAGAAGCUGCUGAUGACAUUAUCAACACCCAUCUUCCUAAACUCAAGGAACUUGAUCUUAAUGGUGAAAUGCAUGUUGACAAUAUAGACGUCUUCUGUGAGAAGGGUGUCUUUGAUCUGAGUUCUACCAAAAGAAUUCUUCAGGCUGGAAAAGCUAUAGGGUUACAAAUGAACUUCCAUGGCGAUGAGCUGCAUCCAAUGAAAAGUGCUGAACUUGGAGCUGAACUGGGUGCACAAGCUAUAAGUCACCUAGAAGAAAUUAGUGAUGAAGGAAUUGUUGCCAUGGCCCAGGCAAAAUGUGCAGCUGUCCUAUUGCCAACCACUGCCUACAUCCUGAGAUUGAAACAGCCUCAAGCUAGAAAAAUGUUGAAAGAGGGAGUGAUUGUGGCUCUUGGCAGUGAUUUUAAUCCAAAUGCUUACUGUUGUUCUAUGCUGAUGGUCAUGCAUUUAGCUUGUGUAAACAUGAAGAUGUCCAUGAAGGAAGCCUUAGCUGCUGCCACCAUUAAUGCUGCUUAUGCUCUUGGGAAAUCUCAAACCCAUGGGUCUAUUGAAAAAGGCAAACAAGGAGAUUUCAUUAUCAUUAACUCUCCAAGGUGGGAACAUUUAAUCUAUCAAUUUGGCGGCCAUCAAGAAUUGAUUGAAUAUGUAAUUAUUAAAGGAAAUACUGUUUACAAAAAUGACAGCAUUCUGCAAUACUAGGUAUAUUCUAUAAGAAUAAAUACCACAGUUGCCAGAUCUCCAAAGUGCACAUCAAGAGCAGUAAGAGCUCAUAUUUAUGUAAAACGUGAAUGUUAUGCUUGUUUACUGUACACCAGUUCAGGAUUUAAUUGAUUUUCAUUCCUAUGGCUUAUUUCAUUUUUAACGUUCCUUUUUCUCAGCAAAUUAUGAAAUAAAUAUGUAUAGAUCUUAAAUCUCUUCAGUUUCUUUCAAUUCCAGUUCAUUCAUAUGAUUUAUAA